UUUCAGCAUCGGCAUAAAAAACUUGUUAUCCGGGACCUAAAAACCCAGUCUGGGAGUGAGAUGAAGAAAUUUUUGAGCACCUUGACUAUAGAUGGUGUAACCCGGAGUGACCAAGGGCAGUAUAUCUGUGAGGCUUCCAGUGGGAUGAUGACCAUGAAGAGCAACACAUCAGUCAGGGUCCAUGAAAAACCUUUUGUUGCUUUUGAUAGUAGCAUGGAAUCUUUGGUGGAAGCCACAGUGGGAGACCGUGUUAAAGUCCCCGUGAAGUACCUUGCUUACCCUACCCCUGAAAUAAAAUGGUAUAAAAAUGGAAGACCCAUUGAGUCCAAUCACACAAUAAAAGGGGAGAAGGAACUGAUUAUUAUGGAAGUGAGUGAAAAAGAUACAGGAAAUUAUACUGUUGUCCUCACCAAUCCCAUGUCAAAGGAGAAACAGAGCCACGUGGUAUCUCUGGUUGUGAAUGUCCCACCCCAGAUCGGUGAGAAGUCCCUGAUCUCUCUGGUGGAUUCUUACCAGUACGGCACCACACAGAUGCUGACGUGCACGGUCUACUCCGUCCCGCCCCCGCAUCACAUUCGCUGGUAUUGGCAGCUGGAGGAGUGCGCCUACAAGCCCGCCCAAGCUGUCUUAAUGACAAACCCAUAUACUUGUAAAGAAUGGAGAAAUGUGGAUGACUUCCAGGGGGGAAAUAAAAUUGAAGUCAACAAAAAUCAAUUUGCCAUAAUUGAAGGAAAAAACAAAACUGUAAGUACCCUUGUUAUCCAAGCAGCAAAUGUGUCAGCUUUGUACAAAUGUGAAGCCAUCAACAAAGUUGGGAGAGGAGAGAGGGUGAUCUCCUUCCAUGUGACCAGGGGCCCUAAAAUCACUUUGCAACCUCACAGCCAGCCAACUGAACAGGAGAGUGUGUCUUUGUGGUGCUCUGCAGACAGAACUAUGUUUGAGGACCUCACGUGGUACAAGUUUAGCCCACAGGCUCUGCCAAUCCGUUCGGGAGAGUUGCCCACACCUGUUUGCAAGAACUUGGAUGCUCUUUGGAAAAUGAACUCCACCAAGAUCUCUAAUGGCACAAGUGACAUUUUGAUCGUGGAGCUCCAGAACGCAUCCUUGCAGGACCAAGGAGACUAUGUGUGCUUUGCCCAGGACAGGAAGACAAAGAAAAAACAUUGUGUGGUCAGACAGCUCACAGUUUUAGAGCGUGUGGCACCCAUGAUCACUGGAAACCUGGAGAAUCAGACUACAAGCAUUGGUGAAACCAUUGAAGUUUCAUGCACCACGUCUGGGAAUCCCGCUCCACAAGUUACGUGGUUUAAAGACAAUGAGACACUUGUAGAAGACUCAGGUAUUGUACUGAAAGAUGGGAACCGGAACCUAACCAUCCGCAGGGUGAGGAAGGAGGAUGAAGGCCUCUAUACCUGCCAGGCAUGCAGUGUUCUUGGUUGUGCAAAAGUGGAGGCAUUUUUCAUAGUAGAAGGUGCCCAGGAGAAGACAAACCUGGAAGUCAUUAUUCUAGUAGGCACGGCAGUGAUUGCCAUGUUCUUCUGGUUAUUACUUGUCAUCGUUCUACGGACCGUUAAGCGGGCCAAUGGAGGGGAACUGAAGACAGGCUACUUGUCCAUCGUCAUGGAUCCAGAUGAACUUCCCUUGGAUGAGCACUGUGAACGCCUGCCUUAUGAUGCUAGCAAAUGGGAGUUCCCCAGAGACCGGCUGAAACUAGGUAAGCCUCUCGGCCGUGGUGCCUUUGGCCAAGUGAUUGAAGCGGAUGCCUUUGGAAUCGACAAGACAGCAACUUGCAGGACGGUGGCCGUCAAAAUGUUAAAAGAAGGAGCAACACACAGUGAACACCGAGCCCUCAUGUCUGAACUCAAGAUCCUCAUUCAUAUUGGCCACCAUCUCAAUGUGGUCAAUCUUCUAGGUGCCUGUACCAAGCCAGGAGGGCCACUCAUGGUGAUUGUGGAGUUUUGCAAGUUUGGAAACCUGUCAACUUACUUAAGGAACAAGAGAAAUGAAUUUGUCCCCUACAAGACCAAAGGGGCACGAUUCCGUCAAGGGAAAGAAUACGUUGGGGAAAUCACUAUGGAUCCGAAACGCCGCUUGGACAGUAUCACCAGUAGUCAGAGCUCAGCCAGCUCUGGAUUUGUUGAGGAGAAGUCCCUCAGUGAUGUGGAGGAAGAGGAAGUUUCUGAAGAUCUGUACAAGAACUUCCUGACCUUGGAGCAUCUCAUCUGUUACAGCUUCCAAGUGGCUAAGGGCAUGGAGUUUUUGGCAUCACGGAAGUGUAUCCACAGGGACCUGGCCGCACGCAACAUCCUCUUGUCGGAGAAGAACGUGGUUAAAAUCUGUGACUUUGGCUUGGCCCGGGAUAUUUAUAAAGACCCAGAUUAUGUCAGAAAAGGAGAUGCUCGCCUCCCUUUGAAAUGGAUGGCCCCAGAAACAAUUUUUGACAGAGUGUACACAAUUCAGAGUGAUGUGUGGUCUUUCGGUGUCUUGCUCUGGGAAAUAUUUUCCUUAGGUGCUUCUCCAUAUCCUGGAGUAAAGAUUGAUGAGGAAUUCUGUAGGCGAUUAAAAGAAGGCACUAGAAUGAGGGCCCCUGAUUAUGCCACACCAGAAAUAUACCAGACCAUGCUUGACUGCUGGCACGGGGAGCCCAAUCAGAGACCCACGUUUUCAGAGCUGGUGGAACACUUGGGAAAUCUGUUACAAGCUAAUGCUCAGCAGGAUGGCAAAGACUACAUUGUUCUCCCGAUAUCAGAGACUUUGAGCAUGGAAGAGGAUUCUGGACUCUCCCUGCCUACCUCACCUGUUUCCUGUAUGGAGGAAGAGGAAGUGUGUGACCCCAAAUUCCAUUAUGACAACACAGCAGGAAUCAGGUACUGUAUAUGGUCAACAUCCCCAGGGGGACGGGGGCACUUCAAGGUCAUUUGGGGAGGGGGUGGAAGGAAGGCUGCAUCUCACUUCCACAUUUAA